CCCCCACCCCACACACACAGCGGAUCUUAUGAGUGCAGCUUUCGGCUCGUCGCUCGUGACGAUGCAGCGGCCGCUCGGAAGCACCACCGCCUUCAGCAUCGACUCCCUCAUCGGGGCGCCGUCCCAGCCCAGUCCCGGGCACUUCGUCUACACGGGCUACCCCAUGUUCAUGCCGUACCGCUCGGUGGUGCUGCCCCCGCCUCCUCCUCCGCCGCCGCCGCCGCCGCCGCCCGCGCUCCCGCAGCCGGCGCACCCGCACCACCACAUCCCGAGCCUGCCGGGCGCCUUUUGCCCCAGCCUGGCACAGGGCAUGGCGCUCAUGGCCACCCUGCCGGGCAGCUUCCCCGCGUCGCCGCAGCACCAGGAGGCCCGCAAGCUGGGGUCGCAGUCCCUGCAGGAGGGCGACGAGGGCAAAAGUUUCCUGGGCAAAGAGUCCUUCCAGAGCCCGGCGGAGACACUGCCGUCCUCCGCAGCCAGGACUCAAGGCAAGGAGGACUCGAAGGAGGACGAGUGCGUGCGGAAGGACGAGAGCUUCUCCAUGGACAGUGAUCUAGACUACAGCUCCGACGAGAACGUGUCCUCCAACCUGCUGUGCGCCAAGGACGACGGGGACGCGAGCGGCGCGCUGGACGAGCCGGGACACGGCGCCGGCGGCCCGGGCGGCAGCACCACGUCCACCGGGAAGAACCGGCGGCGCAGGACUGCCUUCACGAGCGAGCAGCUCCUCGAGCUGGAGAAGGAGUUCCACUGCAAGAAGUACCUGUCCCUCACCGAGAGGUCGCAGAUCGCGCACGCGCUCAAGCUGAGCGAGGUGCAGGUGAAGAUCUGGUUCCAGAACCGCAGGGCCAAGUGGAAGCGCGUGAAGGCGGGCAACGUCAACUCCAAGAGCGGCGAGCCCUCGCGGAACCCCAAGAUCGUGGUGCCCAUCCCGGUGCACGUGAGCCGCUUCGCAAUAAGAAGUCAGCACCAGCAGCUGGAGCAGGCGCGGCCCUGAUCGCGGCCCUCAGCACGUGCCGGAAGGGCAGCCACGGGGGGUUCCCCCGGAGAGGGCCGCGCGUGCCGCACGCACAAUGUACUCGCGGGGAUUUGGGGGGCAUCACGUGGGAAAGGACAGAUCGCGGCAUUGUACUCGGUUCUUUCAAUGUAUCUCUUUAGCUUUUCCACUGAGAGACGGGGGGGCACCCACCUGCCCCCCCCC